AUGCCCAACGCCAUCAUAACUUGGUUCCGGCGGCGGCGCGUCGCACGGAGGGAUCGCAAGCAGCGAGCGCUAUCGGCAUCGGCAUCGUCAGCAGGUAAACUGGACGAGGCUCUGCCCGUUCCACCGCAUCCAAGGCUGCCCUCGCAGCGCCGAGCUCGCCUCACGCCGACGCCAUCAUGUGAAGACCUCGUCGCGGCUCCGAAUGCUGCCACCGCGAAUAGCAGCUUCUUCACCAAGCUGCCGCUGGAGAUCCGUCGCAAGAUCCUCAUUGAGGCCUUUGGGGGCCAGACGGUGCACAUGGAUCUUGUCUACGACCACCCAUUGGUGCCCCCAGAAGAAGAUGCCGUCAACGAUCAGGACGGCUUCUAUCGAGUCCCGCCUCAUGGCAAUAUGGUUCUUGCCGGCCAAGGCUGCUCCGCCGAGAGCCGAAACCUCAAACUCGACGACUCGCGGCCGAAAGAGUGGGCAUGGAGAAGCUCUGUCUGUCACCGAAAUAGGCCGGGUUGUCCUCCUACUAUGGGAAUCCAGCCUGCCGAGGAUUACUGUCGAUUUGGCCAGACAGAAUGGCAGCGGAUUUGUUUGACCUGGCCCGGCGAGUUCCCGACAAAGUGUCUUAUAGGUGCAAUGGGGUGGCUGCGUAGUUGUCGCCAAGCAUAUAUCGAGGGCAUCGACAUCCUGUACUCCACCAACACGUUCCACACAGCCAGCAAGGAAAUGAUGCUCAGCCUCAGCUCCAUUCUCCUCCCUCAACGAUUAUCCAGCAUCACGUCCGUAGAGCUCCUGUGGGACUUUGCGCCGUUCCCCAGCAUCCAUCCGCAAGUCGUCAAGCCGCCCUUGUCAGACAUGGCAAGCUUCCAUGCAUUUCUCGACUCCAUCCCAACAACGUUUCCCGCCGUGAAAAAACUGCAUAUAUCACUGCAAGGACGGCUCUUUCCGACGAAAACCGUCGACGGUAGAACGACCUGGGACAACAACAUUGACAGAGCCGACGAAAUCUUGCAGCCGGUGGACAGGUUUGUCUUGGAACUAGCUCCCCGCGUCCACGACUUUUCGCUCAGCAUCCCAAGCUCUCUGUAUAUGCAUCAGCGAGAUCGAGCUCUCAAAAACAAUGGCCGAGUGGAGCAAGCUCACCUUGGGCAGAGCGAGCGACAUUGGCGACCGCUGACGGGAUCCCAAGAGCGAGAAGGGUACUGGGUAUGGCUGGGCCAAAAGGACUUUACCAUGCCGAUUAUAUGCACCAUGGGAGAAGGAGGAGGGUUACGAGACUUUGUCGGAGAGGAGAAUUGGGUUCUUUACAAAUUUUAG